UUCAAAAAAUUUGACACAGUUCGUUCCAAAUUAACACGAAAGUGGUAUUUUUUAGUCAUUUUUAAAUUUAUAUCAUCGUUAUGCCGAAAAUCACCUUUCAAGCUACCAAUUCAAAAUUUACAGAUAUUUGUGCAGAUUUCUCCCCAUGGAAGUCACCCAGUGACUUCCUUAUCGGAAAAGUCGCCCUCGCACCCCCUUUCACCCAAAAACACAGGCAAGCUCUCACUCAUCAAGGAAUCAUGGCGCUGGGAGGCGAAGUCGAAACGAAAUUCAUUCACGACAUGGAAGUUGAAAAACAGAAAGCGCUCCUGGAGCGCGAAGACUUCUUAAACCGGAUGUUCAAAGCAAAGAAGGUCGAUUUAGCUCGAAACUUCCACGAACAAGAGGCGCUGAAACGAGGCGAGGAAAUGGACCAAAUUCGUCUGAAGUACGAAAACAAGAUCUGCGAGCUUCUAUGGGAGUGCUUCAAGCAAGUGAAAGAUCUAGAAGAACAGAUGCAGAUUGAGUACGAGUCGCUUAAUACAGUGUGGAAAACGACUCUAGAAGACGAAAUCGAAAACACCGUGGAACGAAUAACGGUGGAAUUUUUGGAAAAGCUUCGCAUUCAAGAGAAAAAAUUACUACAUAUGUUCAACAACCACAUCACAGACCUCAAAACGAAGCAGAAACUCGCGCUGUAUUUCGAGAAAAUCAAGUGCAAGGAAAUGAUCAUUCAGAUGAAGCAUAAAUUGUACUGUGACAACAUUUCCAACUUGAUGUACCUUCUUUGUAAAGAGAGGCGGCAAUGUAAGACGCAGAAAAUCCAAAUUGAGGAUGACUUCGUGGCGAAAAUACACCAACUUCAUCUAAUUACAAACCAAAAGGGCUUAAUUGUGCGAAAACUAACGAAAAUUAAGAACAGGGAUUUGAAGGAGCUUUGUUUGAAAGAGCGAUGCUUGAUGGAGGUGUUGCGGCAGUUCCAGAAAUUUAUGUACUUGGCGUUACAAAGCGCUCCGACGCGAGGUUCAUUUUUGAUGAAUUUGUAUAAACUGGUCAAGCGCGAGUUGGAAGACUACUGUUUACAUUCGGAGCCUCCAAUAACCACCAAGAAAACAUCUAAAGAAAGGAAAGUCGAAAAAGUGUGUCAGCACGUCGACAGUGACGAAUUCUUGAAAUAUUCGACCUACUCUACAGACAAUCCUGACGACGCUGAAGACACUCCGCCUGUUUUUUAUUUUAAUAAAGAAACAUUCGUUCGGGAAGAUUUUACCACUUGUCAAGAAAUUCAAACAGAAAGCGAACUUUCCCUAUGGAAUCCCGAAGUCGACGAACUUUUAAAAAUAUUCAGAAGUGUGAUCGAAACGAAACGAAGCGUCCUCACCCUGCCAAAAAUUAAAUCCCACCAAUCCAGUGUCCAUUUUAAUAAGAAAGAGCAACUACAACCUUCUGGUCACACUCCUAGUGACAUCAGUAUGUCAAUCCAACUCAAAACAGUUUCGCCUGAGGGAUCAAAAGUUCAUCAGAAAAUUCUAGACGAAAAGUUACCUACUGUAUUGAAGACACUACAAUCUUUGGCAGAUGAAGAGGAAAAAGAAAUACGAAAAGUGUCGCUAGACCCAGACAAGGACGAAGCGAAGUUACCAAAAACGAUCAACAAAGCCGAUGAAUUCGCUCCACGUCAAAUGACUCCUCUUCAGUCUCGUUUGAGUCUGGCGAGAGACUCUAUAACUUUGACAUUUUCCAUGAUGGAGAAAAAGUCAUUGCAACGGAUUGAGAGAAUGGCAAUGGAAGAGAUUGACAAAUUCGCAAACGAGGAGUAUGUCAAGGAAUAUGUGGCUGUAGAACACAUGCAUGAGAUAGAUGACGAACAUGACACGAAAGUGACGGAAAAGAAAAACGAAAACUUAGACGACACCAACACCAUCUGUAGCGUAAAAAGCUUAGACAAUAAAGCUACGUCGAAAAUAGUGCUCGCUUGCGAUUCCUACGAAAUUAUUAAAUCUACGUUAAAUUUCGCCAGUGUUAAAGAUAAGGAGCUGACGGAAAUAACGGGAAGACCGAAGUCACAACUGACAUUCAGUACUGAGGUUUCAAAAACUCAUAUCAUCCAACCACUUCAGCCACCCACGUCCCACCGAAUGGACGAAACAGUCAGAUCAACUCCACGGUCAAAAGCGCCUUCUUUGAAAAAAUUCGUUUGGCCACAAAAGCCUGUGAGUCCGCCGAAACCACGGCCUGUCACGGCCGCACGAAUCGCCGGUUCGCGUAAAAUGAAAGAAUACAAGAAAACUGUCACUCAGUUUACUAAUGAACGUAUAACAGACUUGGUCCACACCAUGAAAAUGAACCCCAGUGUGAUUCCUUUAUUCACGCCAUGUUUGAAAUAAACACUACAACUCGC